AAUUUAUUAAUCAUAAGUUUGUUGUCCAUUAUAAUGAUAUGAAUGAGCAGUACUUGCCGUCAGACUCGGAGUCAUCGUUGGCAUCACCAGAGGAACCAUUGGAACCGUUGUCUUCAUCUCAAGAAUUGUUAUCUCUUGUGUUAACUCGGAUCUCAUUUGGGUCUACCAUUGGAUGCAAAUAUGUGGCCAAACAUGCGAUGAGAUUAUCUGCAAAUAUAUACCAUAAUUGGAGUACAAGAAAAUUGGAGCAAAUUCUCAACUUUGAUAUACAGAAUGUGAUGUCAGUCCUAAAGUCUUUGAUUCAGCUGCGAAUCAAUUGCAAAGCGAAAGGAAAGGGCUUUUAUGAUCAUAUCUGA